AUGGUCUCCACGUGUGCACUCCACGCGGAUCAUGAGUUGGAGCUGUUGGAUGUGAGAGUUUCAGCUCCCUCCCCUCCAUCAUCUUCUCCUUUCCUCUCUUUCUCUCUCUCCACUGCACCGCGGCCGCCACGGUUCCACCACCGCAGCCGUCGUCGCGGAUCCGCCAUCGCUGCCCAGCUUCUCCUCCGUCACCGUUUUCCUCUCUCCCUCCUCUUUCUCUCUCUCGCGGCUUCCCUUCUCUCCCGUCUCUCAGAUCUACUCAUACCGCCACCCUACCGGCGCCGCCUCCGCUUCCGUUUUCAUCUCCGGCGGUGUUCCCUUCCUCCUCCUCAUCUCUCUCUCUUCUCUCCCUCUCUCUCUCUUUUCUCCCUCUUCACCGUACGCCGCUGCCCUCUCUCUCUCAUAGAUUACUCCACCACCGCCGCCGCAGCGAGCACGACGACGCACCGCCACCACCGUGCGCAGCACAGACGCCGCCGUCAUCACCAGAUCCCCCCCUCGUUCAGGUCAGCCGCCGCCGCCACUGUGCAUGCACAGGCGGCGGCUUCGGCCUUCUCCGCCCCUCGCACCGCCGGCCGCCGCCGCAGCCUAGACCCCUCCCACGCUGCCGAUGCCGAUUCCCGACAGAUUUUUAAAGGAAUGAAAGCAGUGACUGUCGGAGCGUUGGUUGUCGAUUGUCGGCGACGAAGUGCCAAGCUUGCUGUCGGAAUCCGGCAGAUUCAUAGGGAUAAGUUUUUCUCCUUCUUUCUAGUUAUUAAGGCAGUAGGAUUCUACUUGAUUUCUAUUUACUGAAUUUGGUAAAUUAUGAGUAUAUGUCUUGCUAUGUGGAAAAAAGUAUUGUUGGAUUGUAGUGCUUGACUCUCCAAUUUUCUGCAACUCUCCCUCCUCUAUUCUACGUGGAAUUCUUUUUGGAAAGUUUGAUUGUGAUGCGGGUGGGUGAAAAUGAUUGUAUAUCUAUAUGUACAUAUACACAAAAGAUGGCGGUGCAAGUGACUGUGGUAGCAAGUUGCUGAUAGCAAGUUGCCUGACAUUCUCUCCCAAUUAUUCCCCUUUGUAAGGGGAUAAGAUAUUCACCUCCUAUCAUUAAAUGCAGCAUUUGAUGCUGUGUCGAAAAAAAUCGAUCCUCAAGGAUCUGCCCCCCAUCUCUCUCUUUUUUUUAUUUUAUUUGUUUAUUAAAGUAAUUAUUUGAGUAUUUGUUCACUUGUUCAUUUAAUUUGAUGUAGGUAUAAUCGGUUCAAGUUCGUGGCUGUCCGCGUUGAAGUAUCCGAUUUUCUUAGAACACAGGAUGUGUAGAUUAAAUUUUGUUGGACUUUUGUUGGAUGUAUCAGACAUUAAAAUUUUGAUUUUGAAAUCUUAUUUAUUUAUUUAAAUUUA